AUGAUUUACACGGCGAGAGCUUCGCUUCUCGGCUCUACCUGCAAGCUACGCUAUUCUUUCUGCGUUUCAUGUGAUUCCCUCGCUCCCCUGUUGAGAAAUCUGAGCACAGCUGCGGAGAGAUUGGGUUUCGCAAACCCUAGUUAUGGAUAUCCGACGGGUAGUUCCUCUUCAGAUCACACUGGCUAUAUAAAUAGAGAUCAAUGCCUUGGUGGGUUUCAGCAGGAUUCAUAUGGGCGGAGCUUAAACCCAGAGCAUCGCACUGUUUCUGGGCAGAAUCUGAAUGGGUUUAAUCAGAACGGAUACAAUCAGUAUCAAAGUGGGAGUUAUGGGGAAAGUAGUGAAAUCAUUAAAGCUAGUGAUGGUUAUGAUAAUGGCAAUGUAAUUCCACAGGAGACUGCCGGUUUUGCUCACUCUCAGUCUUUUUGGAACGCACCAAGUCGGAGUUGGGACUCUUACGAUGGUGGACAGAGACAGGCGUGGACGAGUCCUGACGCGAAUGACUCGCGAGUCCAGUCUCUUGACAAGGGAAGUGCACGUUUUCAGCAAGAUCAUAAUAGUGGCCAUGGCUCGUUGGACGAAUUGGAUGCGAUUUGCAGAGAAGGGAAGGUGAAAACAGCAGUUGAUAUCAUCAAAACAUGGAGGAACGAGGGUUAUAUUGUGGAUAUACCAAGACUUUUGUGGCUUGCACAGCUAUGCGGGGAUGCACAGGCUUUACAAGAAGCCAGAGUUGUUCAUGAGUUUAUUAGUUCUUCGGUUUCCCUUUCAGAUAUCAGCGUUUUCAACUCGAUGAUAGAUAUGUACUCUGGUUGCGAGUCAGUGGAAGACGCGUUAACCGUUUUCAACGCUAUGCCCUGGAAGAACUCGGAGACUUGGUGCGCUAUGAUAAGGUGUUUAGCCAAGAAUGGGCAAGGGGAAGACGCCAUUGAUAUGUUCUGUCGUUUUAAGGAAGAAGGAAACAGACCCGGUGGCGAAAUGUUCAAAGAGGUCUUCUUUGCUUGCGGUGUUCUUGGUGACAUUAACGAGGGGAUAUUGCACUUUGAGUCGAUGAUCAAAGACUACGGGAUCAUCCCUUGUGUGGAACAUUACGUGAGCCUCGUUAAAAUGUUGGCGGAGCCUGGUUAUUUAGAUGAAGCAUUGGGAUUUGUUGAAUCCAUGGAACCAAAUGUUGAACUGUGGGAAACAAUGAUGAAUCUUUCACGGGUUCACGGGGAUUUAGAGCUCGGUGACCGGUGUCAAGGUAUGGUCGAGCAGCUUGAUGCAAGUAGACUGAAGAAAGAGUCAAAGGCGGGUCUUGUACCGGUCAAGUCAUCAGACUUAGCGAAAGAGAAAUUACAGAAAAUGGCGAGAGGGGAGAAGCGUGUGGCUAGAUAUCAUUUCAGUUUUGCACUAGGAGGAUAA